UGGGUAAUUUGACGGUGCUUUCUCGGUAUGACAAUCAGUUUCUCUCACCACAGCCGCGCAAUUUCCACUCGUUUCCAUCGACUGGUGAUAUGGCUGCCAUGUCCAUGUCACUUCCCAAUUCGCCGUAUUGUGGUCUUCCAUUUGAUAACGUCGGCCAGCAACAGCAGCAGCAACAGUAUCAAAAUGGCAUUGCCGCUAGCAGUGGCACGCCGAACGACAACAUGCAUCUCUUUUCUCCACUCAGCGAUGCUGCAUUUAUAGCUUCUGGAAACACGCCCACAAUGAGCCUUCAGCCCGAUAUGUCUUUUUUGGGAGCUGACUGCAGUAAUGUGAGCACCGGGUGCUUGAACGCACUUUCAGUGGCCACUGUCGCCGCUGCCGCCGCGGGCAUUGAUGCCAACACGCUGCUGCCCAGCAGCACAAUGACCGGAUCACCUACGUUCUGGGACUUUUCGAGCACUGAUCUCCAGCACCAGAUGCAGCAAGCCAUGUUGUCUACGCCGGUUGGCAGUACGCUGAACAUUUCCAGUGACCAGAUUUCUGACGUGCACUCGCCCAAUCCGCAAGCCGUCAUGGCUGCUGCCAACCUUGUCGCAACUGCUUCUAUGAGAGUAGACACGUCGGGAGCAGCAAACUUUGCGAGCAAUGUUACUGGAGCAAAAGGUAGCUCAUCGGCGCAGCUAUCGUCUUCUUCGUCUGCUUCUGUGACUAUAUACCCACAGGGCGGCAAUGCCGCAAUGCCCGUGUGGGACGACAUGGCGAUGCAGUCGUUGGGUACAAUGCUGGGCAGCCCCGACAUGCUGGCCCAGUUUGUCCAGCCAUUGCCCAUGUCAACCUCAAGACAUUACAACUUGUCUGCGCACCCAGCCCCGGCGUUUGACCACUUUGCGCAGCCGCCGGGCGCUGCUUCUGCCAGUUGCUACGACCCAAUGAUGCUUGUUCCGCACGUUGUUGAGGACGCCGCGGGCUCUGCUUCCAGCAAGGUGGUAUCGUCAACGGGGGCAUACUUUGGCACACCUGGCAGCGACUACAAUACCCUUGCGUCGCCGUUUGCAGAUGAUUUAAAUGUGUCAAACUCUCGGCAAUUCAUGCAAAACGCAAACCCUGGGUCUAAUCAGCAGAACCAGCAGCAGCAGCGCUCACUCGAUGUGAACAAUGUGUGCGUCUACCAGAUAAAUGCCAGUCACCACACUGGCAGCGGCAGCGGCUGUUGGGGCGACGGGAUGUAGUGCUUGAAUAUCGCACUAUUCUGCUUCAUUUUUUUUAAUUAUUUUCGUCUGUUUUAUUUUUAUCACGUCGAACAAAUAGCACAUGCAUUAACUUGUCUAUAUAUGAAUAAAUAUUUUUUUGCGUUUAAAGAACUGAAC